CAUAGAUAACGCAGUGCAGUCAUGCAAAGAAAGGUGACGCUAAAAGAAGUGAUAUCUGUCAUAAAGCUAAGUUUGAUUCCAAUUUGGGGUUGGCCAGUGUCCAAAGAUGCGACAAAGUAUAAGAUGUUUUGUGUAAAAUUAUAUCACUCUUUGUGUAUUAUUAUGGCAAUAAUGCUAGCAAUACCGAUAAUUUUUGGCGCCAUAAAUCAUUUAAAGGAACCUAUCUAUUUAGUACAGGAAUUAGUUAUAUCAAGCAGCACUUUGCACGUUAUUGCUAACUUUAUCGCUUAUAAAGUUAAUUAUAAUGACUUACAGGAUAUUACUACGAAAGUAGAACAUUUCUGUGACUUUAUGAAACCGCAUGAAGAAAUCGUUAUUCAACGAUAUAUUGACAAGUGUGUUAUAUUCUACGGCUUCUCUCUGUUUAUCUUCUAUUUCUUUACAUUAAUAACAAUCACACUUCUACCUCCCGUCUUGCAUCAACCAUUUCCAACAUUGGCCGAAUAUCCGUUUGAUGUAAUUCAACAACCGCUACGAACAAUUAUUUAUAUGCAACAAUCUUUAACCGGAAUAUUAGUAUCAGGACAAUUAUGCACAAGUGUUUAUAUAGCUUUUAUACUCUGGUUUACAUCGGCAAGAUUUGAAAUAUUGUGCGAAGAACUAAGGAAUGUUGGCACAGAUAUCUAUCAAUUGUUCAAAUGGAUUAAAUUGCAUCAAGAAUUACUCAAAUACGCAGUAAAAAUUUCAAUUACUGUUCGAGCUUUCGUUUUCAUAACAGUGGCCUGUAGCACGUUUUGCAUAAUAAUAAUACUUUGUUUACUUCUUACUCAUCAAUCAUUUAUACAACUAUUCCAAUUCUUCGGAUUAAGUCUAGUGUGUCUCGCGGAAGUAUUUAUGUAUACUUGGCCGGGAGAAUAUUUGAUAAACAUGAGCAGUAAUGUCUCACUGGCCGCGUUUGAUGCAUUACAAACUGAUCAACCAGUUAUAAUGUGGAAAUGUCUGCAAAUUAUAAUAAUGCGAAGUCAAAAACCAGUAACGGUUAAAAUACCUUGUUUUUUACCUGCAUUAUGUUAUACUUAUUUUACAACGUAUUGUUCGACUAUACUUUCCUAUUUUACAACAUUGCGAGUAAUGAUAAACGAAUAA